AUGGGCUGUGGUGCUUCAACAUUGGGUGACAAUGGCGCUGUCAUGCCGGUUAAGGCACGGCCUCUCUUCCUCCAUCGGUUUGAGGAAUUCAAGAAACGAAGACAUUCCCAGGCAUUUAAAGGCACUACGCCUUCGAAGAAAGAAUUGCUAUUGGCAGAUAAGGAAGAAGAUCAAAGCGGUUCAACAAAACAGGAUUUAUCUAACAAGGCCGGGAAAGACUCAUUUUUACAUGAUGAAACCGGUAGCUGUGUCACGUCUGAGGGCUCAAAAGGGGGAUCACCAGACAGACUGACGAAAGAAGACUCCGAAAAAGAGGACGCCAGCAAGAAAGAUGUAUGUUCUGAGGAGGAUAUCUCAAGAGAAAAGGGUAAUUUGGAAGAAAAUGAAGGAAGAUCAAUUGAACCAUUGGCCAAAGAUGAGGCCAAGGUUGAACGUGUCAUGGAUGGAGAUGUUAAAAAAGUGGAAGAGGUCGAAGAUCAUGAGGAUGAUGAUCACGACGACGACGACGACGACGUUGAUGAUGAUGGAAGAAUGAUCAGAAAUCAUGAGGAUGAUCUCUUCUUUCCAGGCUCCCCAAGUUUCAGAGUGUACUUUGUAGAUAAAACAAAAGACAACAAAGAUGAAGGAGUGGAUGAUCAUUUAACAGAUGUGGCUCCAACUGAUGAUGAUUCCGUCCCGUCAAAGCAACUGCCCGUGGCUGAGGCAUCGAAGAAAGGGAAGAAAAGGAGGAGUUUCAAGAAGGUUUUACCAACUGGUAAACAAGCAAAGAACAUGUUCAAUGUCCGAGCAUGCAUGUCAUCCAACUCCAUCACGACCGAACCCACUUGCUCCCUGCAAAAGCUCAAGCAUGAUUUUUCUAACUGGGAAAAGAUUGGUACAUUACACUAA